AUGAGGGUCUUGCUUUGCAUCCUUGGGGGCCUUGCCUUGUUGUCCAUAGUUCCUUCAGCCAGAAGCACAUUUUUUGAUAAGAGAUGUUCUUCAAGAUACUAUACCUGCAGAAUGAAGUGCAAUCUUGAUGAAUAUGCAAUUAGAUACUGCGAUGACUGGAACAUCUGCUGCAGAACGAAGAAAAUUGGAUAUAAUAAAAAACAAAAAGUGAUUAAAAAUCGAACUCUGUCUUCUUCAGACUCCAAGAAAAGAAAGUAA